CACUGCAAAUUUCCCCACUGCGGGACUAAUAAAGGAAUAUCUUAUCUUAUCUUAUCUUAUCUCACCUACCUAUUGCAGCUGUUUAACAUCACAGGUGAAAAUGAUAAAACGAUAAGUGGAAAAUGUAUUAAUAAUUUCAGUAAUUUUUCAAGCAAACAAAUAAACAUUCACAGUUUCCUGCCUAUCCAAUGUGAGGAUUUCAUGCUUUCUUAAUUAAUAUAUUAAAUAAACUGAAUAUCUUUGGGUUUUGGACUGUCGGUUGGUCAAAACAAUCAAUUUGAAUACAUCACAUUGGGUUAUAAUGGGCAUUUUUCAUUAUUAUCUAACAUUUUUAAAAUAGUUACACCUAUACUAUACAGUUAUCCCACUAAAUAUAAUAUUACAGCUUCACCUCCCGUGCUAUCCUGACAUAAUGUAUCCAUACAAGCAAAAAAACAACAAUACAUUUUAUUAUUAUUACACAUACCAUUUAAUAACAGCUGAAAGAACCCCAUGUGAACUGUCUGAGACCCAACACCCAGUAACCUCUCAUCUAGUUUUGAAACUUGCUUGAAGUCUUUCAGACUCAAAUGUACGUCUUGUCCCGGUUCAGUUAGGGUGGGCCUGACCAUCUGCAUGGUCUCACCUCCUCCUAGUACAAACGUCACAGCAGAAGAAGAGACGUCCCCCUCACCCCACCAGACCCUCGGCCGGCCAACUAUAGUGCUAUUAUAGUUCAAGCAAAGGCUAAUUGUUAGUCACUUACAAAGGAUUGCACAGUCCAAGUCUCUGGGCGGUAAUGCUGUCUUUUUCUACUAAGAGAAGAUGGCACUGGUCGUGGUUGGUGCUCUCCUGUGCCUGUCUUGUUGGAUCUCUCUCUACUUUAUCUUGUGUAAUGUUAACGGGUCCAGGAGCUGUGAGUGGAACUGUCGCCUCGUCACCCUGGUACACGGCAUCCUGGCAGUCUGCAUCACAGGGUACAUAGGCUACGUGGAUGGACCCUGGCCUUUCACUUAUCCAGGUACUAAGAACACUCCUCUGCAGAUAAGUGCCAUGGUGGUGAGCCUGACUUACUUUAUUUUUGAUAUGGCCUGGUGCGUGUACUUCCGCACAGAGGGACCCGUUAUGCUGGCCCACCACACCAUGAGCAUCCUGGGAAUCCUGUUGACCCUGUGGUUGGGGGAGUCUGGCAUCGAGUCGUGCGCGGUACUCUUUGGCAGCGAAAUCACCAACCCCCUCCUGCAGACACGCUGGUUCCUCAAACAGACAGGACGUUACGGGACGCGGCUGGGGGACGUUGUGGACGUCCUGUUCGUGUCGCUGUUUGUGUUGAUGCGAGUCUUUGUGGGAGGCACAAUGCUGUACUGUGAGCUGAUCUCCCCGAGACCCAGAUUCUUCAUCAAGUGCGGGGGAGUGGCUAUGUACGCUCUAUCCUGGGUGUUCAUGGUGGACAUUGUUCGAUUUGCCAUUCGGAAGAGGAAGAGCUGGCAAAAACAGAAGAGAGACCAACAAGAGACGGUGGCAGCUAAUGGUCUUGAAGUGAAGAAGGACUGAUCGGCUUUCUCUAAAGGAAAUCUAUGUCGGUGCUUUUCACUUUGGAAGCGCAAGGGAAAGUGCAAAGAAAAUCAACUUUUUGUAUGUUAAACUGGGAUAUUUCAAAGUCAUGGUUUUCUAUGUCAAGCAAUAUCCUGUGACGUCUGUCUGUAAGGUCUAACACCUGCGCAUUUUUAAACUCGUUUUUUAAUGCAGCCAUUGCAGUUGAUCACAUGUUUGAUUAUUGUGUAAAAUGUGCAGUUAACAAACAACACAGAUGUAGUUUAUGUCACUGAAAACCAAAGCACUUUCUAUCAACACAUGAACAGAUGUUGCUUUCAGUGCAGUGAACUGUGGCCUAGUCAUAUGUGGUGGUGGUGGUGUUGUUGCUCCAAAUGAAAGCUCCAUGUUAUGAAAGAGACAGUUUACAUGUAAUGCCCGUCCUUAUUGUGAAACAUUUUUAGCCAUUUCAAAAAAGUUAGGAUUGAUUUUCUUGUAAUUCUGUGUUUUUUUGGUGCUUGGGAAACUUUGAGCAGAUGUGAAAGGUAUACUACUCAGGGACAUGAAGUCAUACCAGAAAGUUGGGAUGGACUCCAGAGAAAUGUGUGUGAUGUUACUUUGUUUAAUCUAGUUUAUAGCAAUCCCUAUAACAUUUUGCCUACUGUCUGAAAUCCUAUUCCAGAGCCUGCCCAAAAAAAUAUUUAUUUUACUUUGCUCGUGUAAAGUGAUACAUAGAGAGGAACCUUUCAAUUACAUAGUUCUACACUGGUAAUGCUCUUAUUUUGCAGUCCAUUUGGAUAUAAAUAUCUUGAAAUGUUUGGUGAAAUGGUGUUAGAAUUUGUACUUUAUGUAGUAUAUUAAGUUAUUUGAGGUGUCUGAUUUCAAAAGAUCUGCACUCUGUACUGCUAGCUCCCAGUUAAUUUAAUUUAAUAGUCAUGUUUCAGUCUCACAGAGAUCUUGUCAUGCAAUACAAUUUCAUGUGAGGUAUCUGUGCAGUGUGCUGGUCUUUUAUCUGGCUUCUUCUUCAGUUACAUUUUUUUUAUCCAGCACCUUUAAAUGUUUUUGAGAUGUACAUGCUCUAUACUCUGUUUGUUUUAAUCUUUGAGACAAACUAAUGUCAGGUUGCCCCUGACUAGGAUAGAAUGAAAACCUGUGCAAUCAUACAUGCAUCUUUUGUUUCUAGCCCCUAAAAUGUUAGAUUUUCACAUUUAGUCUUAACACAAGGCAGUGACACACACACACACACAACUAGGGCUGGGCAAUAGUUGGCAUCUAUCUACUGUCAGUAAAAUCAUAUCAAGAUUAUAUAAUCAUAUUGAGUUAUUAUUUUACAAAAUACUACAUACAUACAUACUAGUUAUUUAAUUUUUGGAUUUACAUGUGUGAAGAGUUUGUCUGAGUUUUAGUAUUUAAUGUGUGAUUUUUGCCUACAUUUAUUGCCAUAAUGUGAUAUUAACUAUCAGCAAAAUAUUCAUCUCAAUAUUGUGACAUUGAUUUGAACCAUAUUGUCCAGACAGACACACAAGUGCAUUAUGGGAUGAAGGCAGGUGGGUUGUUAUGUGUAGAGAACAUUAUGAUUUAGCCCGCUCCAUGACUGGAUUUGUUCCAUGCCAAGAAAGUUAACAGGUUUCAUCUUUGUGCUCAGACUUUAUACCGGUGUUGUUGUUAUUAUUAUGACCAUAUCUUGUUUGUUAUUUUAGUGCACAUGGAUAUCUGCAGUAAUGUGCUAAAACACUUGCCAUCCCUUUGUUUUCCUAUUUAUAUUUGAUUGAGAUUUGAUUUGUUGCACUCACACAAGGUCUGUUUACCUGGCCGUCACUGUUAAGAAUCAUGUGAGCAUCACCAUUACAUCUAAGAAAGUCAAAAUCUAACUGGUGUGUGCCUUAGUUAUCUGAAUGUACUUUCCUAAUUUGUUGAAUUGUUUUUUUGUCUUGUGCUGUACUGUAAAACCUCCAACAUAAGGAUAGGAAUAACGAAGAACCAUUUUCAGAUUGGGGUUUCAUGAUUUGCCUUUGUAAUCCCUGCGUGAAGUCAAAUAAAGGUGUGAUAGAUUGUU